UGUUUGGCUGCAACCGUUGGAGGAGGGAGAUUCUGGGAGUGGAGAGGUGGGGGGCUGGCCCACAGCUGUUGUAGUAGGCUGGGUCUGUAGGGGCAGGAUGCCUGCUUCACUCUCCCCGGAACAAUGGAAGGACAUGGAAGCCGCCUCAGAUGGCCUGCACCGACUAACCUAAGGACAGCCUUCUCAGUUCCACAGUGAGGGACGGACGCACGUCUGAAGCUGAGAUUGUGCGGGUGGCUGACCGCCGUCUGCUUUGGCAGGGGUGCAUGGGACUCUUUGUGGCAUAUUCGGAUCCUGCAUCUGUGUCUCGUAUUCAUCUUGCUGUCUUGGCUUGCUGGCAGGUUAUGAGGAUGCUCUAAGGUGAAGAUGAUGUCGGAGGAGGCCCAGCACAGAGUGCUUGAGGAGGACCUGGAGUCCGAAGAAGGCGACCUAGAAUCAUAUCUGGAGGAGGAGAGCAGCAGUGAGCUCCUGGAACGUGUCCGAGAGCUACAAGCUGAGAACUCUGCCCUUUCCCUAGCCAACGAGAGCCAGAGAGAAGCUUAUGAGAGAUGCUUGGAUGAGGUUGCCAACCAUGUCGUCCAGGCUCUGCUCAACCAGAAGGAUCUUCGGGAGGAGUGCAUCAAGCUGAAAAUGCGUGUGUUUGAUUUGGAGAGGCAGAACAGAACACUAUGUGAACUCCUUCAAGAGAAACUGCACAAUCAGUCAUGUGCCCAUCAGCAGACUGGGUCCUGCUUGGAGCACAUAGCUGAGCUACAACACAGUGACGCAAGCAAGCUUAUUGAGACUCAGAGGAAUGCACAAGCCAAGGGAAAUGGGGAGUGUGCACAAAAUUGUUUUCCUGACACCCAAAGCUCCACCACCUCCAUGGAGGCCUUAUCUCCGUUUUUGAAAAAGAAAGCACACAUUCUGGAGGUCCUCCGCAAGCUUGAAGAGACGGACCCUCUGCGCUACCACCGUUCCUCUGGCAUCUCUUCCCUCUGUGAAUACAGCCAGGCUCUGGUCUCCAAGGACAGUGUAUUGGCCUGCAGAGACAAUUCUCCCAGGUGUAACGUGACAAAAUCGCACUGUCCGCAUUCCUGUUCAGACGUUUGCACACAUCAGCAUUUGAACGGAGGGGAGCACAAUAGUGUAAAGUGUGGAAGCUGUAACACAUGCCUGAUGUUAUCCAAUAAGGACUCGAUCACUUUAGCAAACAGUAGCCACAAUUGCUGCACUUCAAAUGCCAUUACUAUUGACAACCUGAACUUGGCUCUACCAGAAUUUCACAAGAACCAAGACUUACAGAGCCUCGUGAAGCCUGCCGCAGGUACUAGUGAACUCAUGGUAAACAGGAAAUCUGCUGAGGUGUCAGCUUCUCCAAGGGAACAAGACCCUGACCCGUCUAGUGAACUUGCGCCAACGGAACCUCCAGACUCUUACCUUAACUUGGCGGUGGCAGAAAGAGACCAUAGCACAGUUCCUGAUCAUACACCAUCCAGUUCCGUUGCACUAACAGAGAGAGAGAUAAUAGAUGAAAAUAGAAUGUCAGAUCUUCUUGUGGACUCGCUCUUAUCAAAAAGGUCAAGUAGUACUGUCUGUGAGGAACACAUUAGUGAUGAGAGUACAAACAAUGUGAGUCUUCUGGAAAAGGACUACAAGCACUUAAAUACUGUAGCAUCACAGAGGAUUGAGAAAGUCACAGGAGCUGAAGAGGUUUUGCAAGUGGAAGCCACUGAUGUCCACGGAGUCUUUCCCAACACCUCCAAGCUGCCUGCUCUUAGUCUGAAGGAAAACUUGCAGGACCAGUACUGUGAGUUGGAAAGCAGCGAACCUGUGCAUAAAGGGUUGCUGUUUUCUCCCAAUGAGAACCAUACUGCCUCAAAAGUGCUGGAUGAGAUAUGUGUACCUGUCAAAGACAGCACCUCACAAGAGCUUCAGGCUGACCGGUCCAAACUUGUGAGUCCAAACCAAGUGUCAUGCCUUAAAGAAGUCAAGGCCUCCCCUUCGAAGCUUCUCAAGUUCCUCAAGAUUCCCACCCUUGGAGAGCGUGCUCCAGCAGCCAAUCCCCCACGUCUCAGCCCUCAGCUAACGCGCAGCUCAAAGAUCCCUUGUCGUAGCAACAACUAUGAGGUGCAUCAUUCUCCGGUUGCUUCCCGCAAAGCAACUACAACAGAGAGACAAAAACCGCCACCUUGUCCCAAAUUAGACUCUUACCCUUCCACACAUUCUGCACCGACUUCACCACCCCAGCCUGAUGAGCCCCCUCCAGUGGUACCAAAGGAGCUUAACUGUGGCAUUCCUAAAAGUAGUCGAGGUGCCAAACCUACGCAAGUCGCUCCCCCUCAAAAGAACACCCAGAAAAUACCACACUAUGAAAAUGUCUCUGAUCUUUCUCACACGAGUGGAACAGACAUAUCCCAGGUUCUUGGAGAAGUGAGUACAGCUCUCCGUUAUGCCAGCUCCAACACUGAAAGAGUCAAAGGAAAGCAAGGAAACUUUGGUCAAGAGAGACCAACAAGUCUCAAGUCACAAAAGGACACAUCGCUUGACUCUGAUUCCUCAGACCAAGAAGAGAACUCGGACAGCUCUGUUUGGCAUAAGCAGGUCAACCACCGCAGUUUGCCCAGUCAGUUGUCUUCUCAGAAGUCACAGCUUAGUGGCAUUAACAUGAGGUCCAAAAGCCAAGAGAAAAAUGAGUUGGCAAAAGAGCACACACAAACUGCAGGAUCGCCUGUCAAAAGAAAUGAUCCGCCACCAAUUCCCAAGAAGACAGGCAUGGGUAGACACUCGGGUGAAUCCAGCCAUUCCUUCAAAGAGAGACUGGCUGCUCUUGGUAAGCUAAGGAACCCAGAGGAAUCAGCAGCUUGUUCCCAGCCAACUGAGAAAAGAGAAGCGCAACCCAAUAUGAGUGUGCUUCCUCGAAGCAGUGACAAAAGCAAAACUGCAGACAGGAACUCUGACUGUAAAACUGGAGAAAAUAGACUGUCAAAAAAUGCAGAUUGUAUUGAUGAAAAGGCAUUUGUCUCAGGCCAUAUUGAUAGUGCCAUUGCGAAACAACAAAGUCAAUAUCAGCUUGCUGACCAAGGACUCCGAUCUCUCCCUGUAAGUUCUGUCAUCUCUAAACUGGAAAAUGAGCCAUCCAGAAUGUCCCCUGCAAAGCCAGAAAGCCCAAAGUCCAAAAUGCCUCCACCAUCUACCAAUUUGGAAGCUGCUCAAGCUUUGCGUAGCUUUGUUAAAAGUGCAGCACCUCACAGUCUUUCAUAUGGUGGCAAAAAUAUUACCAGCACCCAUAGUAGCAGCCCCAAUAAAAUUCCUCUGAAAUCCCCUACUAAAACUGUACCACCAUCUUUGAAUCGAGAUGGGAAACCUACUCAAGAGAUUCCGAGAUAUUUGUCCAAAUCUGAGGAUAGGAGCCAACUCCGAGCCACUAAGAAGAAGAACUCCUUUGGGGAGAGCCUUCCUCCUCCACCACCAAGGCCGGCAGAGUCAGCUGAAGAGAAGAGGCACUCCGCACCCAGCCCUCAGUCCUCCAUCGAACAAAAGGUCAUGAAAGGCAUCGAGGAAAAUAUGCUGAAGCUUCAAGAACAGGACAAAGGUCAAGUAGCUGAGGUCAAACAGAAGGCUUCCAACGGUAUUGCCAAUUGGUUUGGCUUGCGGAAAAGUAAGUUGCCCGCCCUUAGCCGGAAACCGGAGGCGUCAAAAGGCAAAGAUGACAAGAGAGAGUGGAAACUGAAUAUAUCCUCAGUGGGUAAGGAUUCUAAAUCGUCUGCUAAAAAGCCAGAGAGUGAGAGCUUGAACAUAUCGAUGCUAAUGGAGAAAGCAGAGGGGCUGCACAAAGCCCUGGAAGAAGAACGGGCAUAUGUGAAUGGUGUUGCUUUGGACCGACAAGGAAAGGGACAUUCUUGUGAGGUGGUGAUGGACCAGGCCCAAGGACAGCUGUCUGUUAUGUACAGGGGAGUGCCAUCAGAUAACUUCAUGCAGCAGCUGCUCAACCGGGUGGAUGGGAAGGAUCCUGGAAGUGUCAGUGUGGCCCAUCGACGCCUCUCAUUUGACUGUAAAGCCAGGCCUGUCUUCAGCCAUCAUAGUACCGCUGUUAUUCAGACCAGAAGCAGCGAGGACAUGGAAAAGGGUUCUGUUUUAAUGAGUAAAGUGGAUGGCGUAUCAGAUGAGAACCUGGCAGAUUCAAUCCACCAUGAGCGCUUUGCAGGCUCUGGAAUCUCCACUCACACCCUGGACAGCGGUAUUGGCACGUUUCCCCUGCCUGACUACAGUGCAAACGCUGGAUGUAAAAGCAUCCCCAAAGGCAAGGCCCAAGGGGAGAUUGAUCCUUCCCUUCCCCAGGGAAGACAUGGCUCAGGGAUGAAGAUUCCUCAGAAGGCCUGGACUCUGGAGAGAGAGCUGUCGUCUUUGGAAGAGGACUACAUCAUGGGUCAGGAGGUGGAUGGUGCCACACUGGAAGGCAAGAUUGCACCCAGUCAGGUUGCCAACAUGAGUCAUGAAGGUGCUGACGUCUGUGGAGCACCUAUGAGAUCUGGGCCCACAAAGAACUGGACUUUCCCCAACCUCAAAGGAUCUACGGAGUCAUCUGAUGUUUAUCUUGGAGUAGGUGAGGGCUUAGAACCAGUAACCCAGAAGAGCUCAUUUAGGAGGCGCACCAAGACUAGUGAAGCCGCAGUCGGUCGUGACGGUGGCCCCAGAAGCCUCCCCCAGGUGGCCCAGGUGCGAAGAGACAAACCUCGUGGUCCCGUCAGCCCUGAUGCGGCGAGGGAUCCUGGGCUGGAGCUGGUGAGAGAGAGGCCUGUUGAUGCUCUCUCGCCCGCCCACCCCCAGACCCUAGAAACCCCCGAGUCUCUCAGCGACUCCCUCUACGACAGCCUGUCUUCCUGUGGUAGUCAAGGCUGAGAACAGGCGGUGGUAGUUGAGGACAAAGGGGUUGACUAACCAUCAGGUACCAAUCUUUUUCUAUACCCUGAUGCAAGUGAUGCGGGACAGUAGUCUUUUUAUAUGAACACUCGCAGGACACUCCCUUUUUGGCACCAGAAUAUUCCAAAUAAAUAUAAUUCCUGCAAACAAAAUUCACCUUUCUAUCUGAGAAUUCCUGUCGGGCAGAAAACAGUGAGUUGGACGUGUUUGUCAUGGACUCCCGCCGUAUUUUUACACACUCUCGAUGUCGCUUAAAAAAAAUAUAUAUAUAUCACUACACCCAUGUUCAUUCUCUGUUUCGUGUAGAAGCAAAGUAGACAGCAAAGUUCUGACUCCGUCGAGUAAACUCUUAAGACAUUUAAAGUCUUCCGAUUUUUUGUUUUGUAUUUUUUUUUCUUUUUAAAAAACCUCUCAGAAUGUUCUCAUGUUGUCUCUACAUGUACAUCUGUGUACAUCUUUUGUUAACAUAGUUGUGUAAAGUUAUUGCAAAGUGAAAAGUGUUUAUGUGGCUGUCUUUUGUAAUUUAAUAUGCAUAUUUUAUGUAAAAAGGUUAAAAAAAAAAGGAAAAGAAAGAAAAACACGUGUGUACAAUUUGUGUCGGACUUCGACUUCCAUUGAUUCCAUUAUGUUACGUGGCAAAAUUUUGUAGCAAUAAUAAAAGUACUCUCCACGUGAGAGAGAGCUACAGUGUUUUACA